ACACAAUUGUAUUGUUUCUGCCCAGAAAACUCACUGGGAAUAUGAUCGAUUUGAUACCAUCCUGCUGGAUAGCUAAGGAGGAAAAUAACACGUCCCGAUGCCAAUACCCUGGUUCAAGGGACUAUUCAAAAAUCCCGCAGUGGGUUACACAAAGAAAAGAAGCGGAAAAAGACUGGGAAUACUUUUCAAUAGAAAUAAUUGCGUACGCACAUAAUCUGAAACAAGGCAAAAGAAGACUGAGGCGGACGUUCGCCACAGCGGAGGUGCGCAGCACGGAUCAGGGGGAAAAAGAAAACGUAAUGCCCACACUUUUGAGCGAAAGUGACGUACAAGAAGAAUUAGAUAACGUUCAAUAUUUACACGCUGAUCCCUUAUUUUGUGAUAUGGAUAAAUUACUAACUCCAGCGCGCAGCGAAACAGAAACUGAAGGAGAUAGGAGCGAGGAGGAGAAUCAGCAGACGAGAAAAAAAAGGAAAACCACAUAUGGAGUCCUACAGGAAAAAGUGGACCGCUUGGAGGAAAAGUUAGACGUUAUUUUAAGAGCGAUCAAUUGUGCAAAGAGAAGCAUACAAUAUGACAUCGACAGAAAGCUAGACGCUUUAAAAAAUACCAUUACGAUUAAUCGUCUCGAACAUGCGGGCAGCCGUAACAUUGAUGAAAUUCGAACAUCGUUGGAAACAACGUUCCCCAUAACAAAUAUGCAAGACUUCCUGCAAUUUGAGGCAGCUAUUGCUGAUUCCGCGAAUAAGAAAACAGCUUUGAUUCAUUUAUUUAGACUACUGAUAUGUGGAGAGACGUGUCUAAGGAACAGUGUAAAAAAACUAAUGGUUGCAACCAUAAGUAAAGAAGUCCAAGCCGAAUACACAGCAUUCGGCAGGCACAUCAAUGGGAUUGGAAAGAAGGAUUUCAGCAAAACACACACCUUUUCGUGUAUAAAGGAUAUACUUAUAGAGAAAGGUGGUGCGCCUGAUGAAAUGAAAAGACUCUCCACCAUUUUCAGUCGUUGGUUUUCAGGAGUUGGUGACCGUGACGGAGGACGGAAACAACGACAAAGUUUAGCGACGAACACCUGAAAGUUCGUGAUAAUUCCUGCAAUAAAUACGUAGUUGUCAAUUUCGUUCCGGCCGACAGGAAAAAGCGGAUUUCACUGUUUCCGACAUCGAUUUGCGACGAUUUCGUCAAUGUUGUCAAGUCUUACAAUUAUUA